CCUUCUCAUGGCUCCCUCUUUCCUGCUUGAAAAGCCCUAGGGUAGGUUUGCAGCUCUCUCAGAGCAGGUAGGUUUCUCCUCAGCUUCAGGCCCAAAGAAUAAACCACUGAGCUGCAGCCCAAAGCAAGGCCAUGGGCCCUCAGGAAAUGCUGAUAGCACCUUAAGGAGCGGGUGGAAGAAAUAGGUCGUCUCCAUCACACAUCUACUAUUACUGAUAGGGGAAGUGGCUUCCUUUCUGUGAACCUGCCUCUCGCCCGGCAACAGAGACAAUUUGUCCUUCCAAGACCCAUUGCAGGGGUGCUUAUAGGUGGGAACAGUCCUUCCCCACCUCAUUUCCCACAAGUCAGAGGAGGGAGGAAAAGCUUCGGGCCUCCUGCUGUAUCCUGGGCUCUUAAAGAUGAAAGCGGAGUCAAAGAGAUCCGAGAGUGAAGGCAAUCUCCUCUCCGUCGUAGAAGAAAGUCCACCGGCAGCGAUGUCCAGAAAUGGGUAUUUUUUUGAAGAGACUGGUUAUCUUAAGUGUGAUACCGAUGACGGCUGUGAGAACAAAGAAGAAGUCGGAGGAGAAGAGCUCUUUGACACUGUAAAUUCCUCAAUUGUUUCCGGGGACAGCAUCAGAUUCUUCGUGAAUGUCAAUUUGGAAGUACAACAGAAUGUCGCUGUAGAAAGUGAAAGCGCUGGCUGUGUUUUAUUACAUACAUCUAGAAAGUACCUGAAAUUAAAGAAUUUUGAGGAAGAAGUCCGAGCUCACCGUGACCUGGAUGGGUUCCUGGCCCGAGCCAUCAUCAUCCUGGAUGAGGCAGCCACCUCCUUGGACGACGUCCUUCGAGAGAUGCUGAAACACUUCGCUGAGGAUUCUGACAACACGGAGCCGAGCUGCAACUUUGACAAAAUCAUGAGCACUUUAUUCACCGAUUCGGGAGCCCCGAGAGAAGGGAAUGUUCAUCUCCUAUCGGAUACAAUUCAGGGGGUCACAGCAACCGUCACAGGGGUUCAGUAUCAACAGUCCUGGCUCUGUAUCAUUUGCACUAUAAAGUCUCUUCAGCGACGUCAUGUUUGCAUCAGCCGCCUGGAGAGGCCUCAGAACUGGGGGGAAAACUCCUGUGAAGUGAGAUUUGUGAUAUUGGUUCUUGCGCCUCCCAAAAUGAAAAGUACGAAAACUGCCACCGAAGUGGGCCGAACCUUUGCCACGAUGUUUUCGGAUAUAACUUUUCGACAGAAGCUUCUAGAAACAAAAACGGAAGAGGAGUUUAAAGAAGCCUUGGUACACCAGCGCCACCUGCUGACGGUGGUGAAUCAGAGACCCUCUGCAGUGAACGAGGGGCACAAAACACACAACCACAAGCCGCUCAAGUUGCAUGAGUUUUUCAAUGUUGGCAAGGGGAUUUUUGAUGACAUAGCACGAAGAUUUCCAGUGUACGCUUUGGACUUCACUGACGGUAUUAUUGGGAAUAAUAAGGCCAUUGGAAAGUACAUCACAACGAUGAUCUUUUUAUAUUUUGCCUGCCUCCUACCAUCCAUUGCAUUUGGUUCCCUAAAUGAUGAAAACACAAGCGGAGCUAUUGAUGUGCAGAAGACAAUCGUGGGCCAAUGCAUCGGUGGACUUCUAUAUGCUCUAUUUUCAGGGCAGCCACUGGUUGUACUCUUAACCACAGCUCCUCUGGCAUUGUACAUCAAUGUGAUCCGAGGGAUAUGUGAUGACUACAGCUUGGAUUUUAGUGCUUUCUACGCCUGGAUUGGACUGUGGAACAGUUUUUUCCUUGUCCUGUACUCGCUCUUUAACUUCAGUCUUGUAAUGAAGCUGUUUAAAAGAUCAACAGAAGAAAUCAUUGCACUUUUUAUAUCGAUUACAUUUGUGCUGGAUGCAGUCAAAGGGAUUAUCAAAGUUUUUAAGAAGUAUUACCACCAUGAGCAACAAGGAGACCGUUACUUGGAAAGUAGCCGUGCUGACCUAAUUCCAAGCCUCAGCAUCAAUACCAGCUUCUUGAUGAAUUCAUCGGCGAGCAGGUCUGUGUCGCUGGAUAACCAGACGGGCAUGAGUGAUGUCGUGCACUAUGGACGCGAAACUGCCGUCCUCAGUCUCAUGUUGAUGUUGGGAACCCUGUGGCUCGGGCACACGCUGUAUCAGUUUAAGAAAAGCCCCUAUUUGCAUGCAAGAGUCCGCGAAAUCCUGUCUGACUGUGCCUUACCCAUAUCCGUUCUAACCUUCUCCAUCGUGGGCUCCUAUUUCUUCAAAGAAAUAGAAAUGUCCAAAUUUAACUACAACCCAUCCGAGAGCUUAUUUGUGCUGGCCCCGAUCCGAUCUCUCUCCAUUGGCUCUGUAAUGAGCGCCAUGGGCCUGGGGUUCCUUCUGUCAAUGCUUUUCUUCAUAGAGCAAAAUAUAGUGGCAUCACUCACAAACGCUCCAGAGAACAGGUUAGUGAAAGGCACGGCUUAUCACUGGGACCUCCUCCUGGUAGCUCUGAUUAACACAGGGCUGUCUGUCUUCGGGUUGCCAUGGAUACACGCUGCGUUCCCUCACUCCCCAAUGCACGUCCGAGCGCUGGCCUACGUGGAAGAGAGGGUUGAAAAUGGGCACAUCUAUGAGACGAUCGUGAGCGUGAAGGAGACACGACUGACGACUCUAGUGGCCAACUUCUUGGUGGGGCUCUCGCUCUUGCUCCUGCCAUUCCCACUGCAGUGGAUCCCGAAGCCAGUCCUCUACGGCCUCUUCCUGUACAUCGCCCUGACCUCCAUUGAUGGGAAUCAACUCUUUGAGAGGGUGGCCCUCUUGCUGAAAGAGCAGACGGCGUAUCCUCCAACGCAUUACAUUCGCAGAGUCCCUCAGAGGAAGAUCCACUAUUUCACAGGCCUGCAGGUUCUUCAGCUCCUCAUCCUCUGCGGAUUUGGGAUGUCACCGUUGCCCUACAUGAAGAUGAUAUUUCCUCUCAUUAUGAUAGGAAUGAUCCCGAUCAGGUAUAACCUGCUUCCUAGGAUCAUUGAAGCAAAAUACUUAGACGCUAUGGAUGCGGAGCACUAGAAAUGAAUCUCUGCUCUCGGAGGAGCCAUCAGCUUUUCGAAUCCAAAGGAAAUGGCAGCCUUGUGGAGAUGUGGGAUUAUGUAUCUGAAGUUCUCUCGUGUUUUGAACCUCCAGGCCCCUCUUUCUGCUCUAGUACAGCAGGUGGAGAUACACGGACGAAGACCAAUUGACCAGUCAAGCAUGAGAUCAAAACCGCCUUGGGUCAAGAGGCCAGGACUCUGCUGAGAUUUGAGGCAAGCUGGCUUUCUGGAAAUGUUACCUUCUUCAUCCUAAAACUUGAAAUCCCAAAGAUCAAUGUAUUUCUCUUGUUGGAUUGUGCAGGGCUAGGGUGGCCUCGCAUUCCCUUUUUUUUUUUUUUUUUUUUUAAGGGGGAUCCCUUUUUUUAUAUAUGCCGUGUCCCUUUCCCCAGAACACUAUUAAUAUGUAUGGACAAUACCCAACCCUUGCUUUACAGAAUUACUGAAAAAUUUGGAGCUUUAAUGCAAGUUCCCAAAUCUCCAGUCCAUCUUCCAAAAGGAUAGCCAUAUGUCAGAGGAGACCAUGAGUGAUCUCGUCAAGUCAUUGAUUAGUGGGUGGGCUGGGAAGCAAAAGAAUAUGGGUGUACUGAUUUGUCUAAAGCUGUAGAUUGUGUAUUAUUUAAUUUUUGUGUAUGCUCGAAAUGUUUAGAAAUUGGAUUCACUUUGUGAUGCUGGUGUAAUUACAACAGGGUCUAAGCCACUGGGAACUAGAUGAACCUAUUUUACACGUACUUCUCAGUAAUCAAAUAUAGAAUUGUUGGUUUGUACAGCAGGAGCCUUUGUGGUUGUGCUCAAAUUCACCUGGAUGCUGAAAUGUGGCAAAAUUCAGUCAUGUGCAUUCACAUUCACAUAUACAUAUGUACAGAACUGCCUAUGUGUACAUAUAUACAUACGUAAUUUAGAUUUGUGUAUAUAUUUUGCAUAUAUAGUAUACAUAUUGAGUAUAUAGGCAUCUUCUUUCAAGAUAUUGAAAGUGUUCUUGUGCAAUCAGUGUUACUUGUGCGGCCUUGACAUACAUUUGUUCUUUGCUUCAGUGCUGCUUUUUUCUUCUUCAAAGCCAUUCAUUGUCAAACUUCAUUAGCCCAAUUACUGAUUAUGUUUUUUAAAACAUACUGCUAGGUUCAAACAAUCCUUCAUUUUCCUCUAGUCCUUUGGCUUCUGUGACCUGCAUCACCCUGUCUGAAUGCUCUCCGACAUGUGAAUUUUGCAUUUAAUUUUAAUGUACAGUAUGUAGUGAAAAUUGGUUGAUUCUCAAUUGAUACUUCUGUUUGUCACUUCACUGUUUCAGUUUUGUAGCUACCUCCCAUUUCCCCCUACCCUUAGACAUUACAUUAUAUUUCUGUAUGAAUUCUAACUCUCCUGCUAUCUAUUUUAUCUUCUGAUUUGUUUAAUUUUGCUGGUAUUAUGGUCAGUCUUUCUAUACUUGAAGUACUGUGAAACAAGCUAUCCUUUUGUGAGUUCUCUGUUCAUCUGUAGUGCAGCUAGGGGCAAAUGUUACCAGAAAAGAAAAGUGGAGCAACAAAGAGAAUGAAUUUUAAAAUGCAAAAAUUAGGAUAACAUUAAAAUAAAUGCAACCAUAUGGUAGAUUAGUUCAGAAAAGUGUUUCAUUUCCACAAAUUGUUUGCACAAUAAUUGGCAGUGAGAUGUAUCAAAAAGAGUACAUCGGCAAUUUGCCUUUCUUUACCAAGUAAAAAACACAGCUGUCCAUCACUAAUGAGAGGAACUGGGGAAGAAAGCUAACUUACAAACCCUAAUUCAAAUUCAUUCCAUAAUAUUUUUAAUAGCACCCAACGGGAGUCCAUCAUCCCGCAGUGGCCCACAGCUUAGAAGGAAACUAUUGAGAACAGAGGGUUCUGUUUCUUUUUUGAAGUUGUGUGUUUCCAAUUGACAAUCCAUUGGAAGGGGCAUCAGUUUGUUCCUAUGGGGGUGUGUUACUGAUUAGGAGAAACAUUUAGCACCAAAAUUGCAGGGAAAUAGAUUUUCUACUUCAUUAGCCAUCUAAGUAGCAUUGUCUUACCUUAAAAAUGUAACCUCAUGUUAUACUGAACUCCUGCAGAUAGACUGCGAAGGUCCUGGCCUAAUUUGGCCCUCUUCAUAAAUGAAAUGUGGGCAUUGCUAUUAAUUUGUUUUUUACUAGGAAUGUCUGAGAGAGCCGUGUUUGUUAGUAUAGUGAUUUCUUUUUGCUGUGCUAACAGGUCUGGCCCUAUCUGCAUGUUCAAGAAGACCAUUACAGGAGUUAAAGGCAACUAAAUUAAGCACAUUGACUAAUAUCCUGGAGUCAGAUCUGUAGUAGACUUGCUGUUAGUCAUGGCAGAGGUUCCAAAAUAAAGUACCUAAAGAUAAAGGUGACUAUUCAGCAAAGCCGUUGGUUGCAUGACUCAGAAGCAAACAGUAUUGGUAACUGUUUUCAGAUCUCGAUUGCAAUAAGAAACGUUUCCUGGCUGUUUUAAAACAAAUUCUUUCCUUCCCAGUGUAAAAUGCAUUAAAAUGAACCCCCAUGAAAGGAAGGUUGGGUGUCUUAAAUACUUUGCAGUGGCGUGCGUGAUGAAAACAUGGCUGUUCAAACGGCACACAUGUCGCAUUAUGUCAUUGAUGCCUUGGCUCUCGGUGCUUGUGCUCCUAACAGCAGACCUCACAGUGUGAAAAGCCAGACUUUGUGCCCGAGAGGAUUUAAAGCACAUGAUGGAUCCCCUGACCGGGAGAGGGGUGUGAAAGCUGCUUGCAAAGCAGCUGUUUCAAGUAAGAGAUGAGUCCAUAGGUGAAAUUCAUCUCUGUGCAGAGUAUCCCUGAACUUAUGUGUCCAUAGGUUGGCCCUCUGCACAGGAGGUGAAUUUCACUGUGUACACACAAUAAAUGUAGUGAGCAAAAAGCAAACCGCAUACUUGCAAACUGCCUGAAAUACUGUAGGACAAAAAGGAAAAGAAACCCCCUAAAAACCUUCAUGAAAUAGAACAGCUAUCACCAGGUUUCUUUACUCACCUCGUAAAUUGGCGCGCAUUUACCACAGCCUGCUGUUUUUGUGUCAGAAGGUUGCAUUGACAGACUGGGUGUUGCAUUGACGGACUGGGUGUGUUGCAUUUAACAAAAGCCCCUGCAGGAGUAAAAUAUUUUAAAUGAGCUCUUUCUCAGUUUCCUGAAAGAACCAAAAAUGCCUUUUACUUUUCUCUCUCUCUGAAAAUAGCAGUCCAGAUGUAGUGACAAAUGCCACUGAGUUGAGCAGAGUGAAAUACAGAAAUAGUUACGCUGCAGCAUGAUUGGAGGUGAAUUAACCUUCACUGCUAAAAUUAGCACCUGGAUUACUUUUCUGUUAACUUGCUGUUUUAGAACAGUUUGUGAUGUAAUGUCAAUCCUGUGAGUAUUUUCUUUUUAGCAUAAACAUGGUAGUUAAAUUUCCUUCCUCCCUGGCGUUUUCACUAUACAUAUCAUGGCCCAGAGAAUCAACUGAUGUAUAUCAGCCUCGUCAGUGAAGUCAAUACCACUAUUUCUAUUUGCCCUGAUCCUCAACUAGGCAUUUUCUUUUAUGGGUAUCAGUUUAAAAAAACAGACUCUGUCGGAAUGUCUCGAGUUACAUAUGGCUCACAAAAUAUUGAUAAUGAUCUUAUUUCACCCCAGAAAAGUUAGAAUUUUCAUACACAUAAUCUUUCCCUUCCUGUUACAAAUUAAAGUUCUUUUGCUUCUCUUUUUACUGACAUAAGCAGGCGUUUCCAGGAAGUAGGAUAACGAAGGAAAGAGAGUUUGCGAAACAGAACUAUUUCUGCACUUUAAUACCUCUGUGAAGGUUAAGACAGUUAGAAUGUAAUAACCAAAAGUUUUCUUUUAUUAUAAGCUCUUUAGAUAGAUACGCACAAUGUUCUGUAUCAAUAUUGCCAAAGAAUUGGAUCUGAAAAGAUGUUGAUUGCUGUUAAUUAAGAAGGCCUUGUGUUGUAUUCUACUGGAAUCUCAAGGUAGUAAAUGCUUAUGAAAUGACUGGAAUUUUGUAGCCUAAAUUAGUUGCCAACAGCUGCCAAACUUAUAAAUGUACUGGGAAAUAUAAUUCACUUUUUUCAAAUCUGUAAUUUGAUCCUGGCCCUUAAUGGUAUAGCAAGAAGUCAUCCUGAUCAAGUGGAGAUGUGAUCUUAGUUGAUACAUAGAUCUGCUGGUCUGAAUGUUCAUUUUAAAGCUGAUGAAAUGCUGUUGUUACAUUACACAUUGAAAUGGAUAUGCUGAGGUUUGUUGCAUGUAGUAAAGAACAUUGGCGCUGAAUGGGCUGCAGAACAGGAUAUCCAGAUUGCUGGGAAACAAACAUGCAAAAAAUCUCUGUCAAGCAGCGGCGAAGUUUGACAGCAUUAUUCAAUGUUAAAAGGUAGCUGGUUACAUCCCACCAGUUCCCUAUGAGGGUAGUGGCAUAGCAAACUUAAACUCCAUUUGUGAAACAUCUCAAGGUAAAAUCGGGUAACUGUACUGUGAGAAAGGCACGUCUCUGAUGAACUACCCAUGAAUUAGGGAUAGAGUCCUCUAAAAACAAAUAUCAUACGCUAAGGUGCUGAAAUAUGACCAUUACAUGCCCAGGGAUGCUUGCCUUGACUUCAUAGCAUAUCCCAUUAGCAAAAUAUAUCUCCCUGAUGCACCUGUCCCCUAAGACAUGCAUCUCCCACUGAACCACCCGAUUCAGACAACGUUUGGAGAGAUGUGCGCUUGUCAUUGCACUAACUGAAACCACCAUGAAAAAACCCUAAUUCAACAGCAAGGAUCCUGGGGGAGAGAGGAAUUUGGUUAACUGUAGAUCUACAAUCAGCUUUAAUCAGAACAAAUAUUUCAUUUGCCAUCUCCAAGAAAUCGGAAAGAAAGAUCAGUGGAGGUUAGACUGGUGUAUCUUCUCCAAAAACAGUCACCGUGUUCCAGAUGUCUACUAAGCAUUCAUUUUGCGAAUGCAGGAGUAGAUACAGAUCAAAGUCAUCCAGAUCACUUAGAGGGUCACUUUCUAAAAUAUGCCUUUAUACCUGGAAGCUAGCAUGGGUCUAAAUUAUUAAAUUAUUUCUCAUGUGCAUUUCCCAUACCGGGGCGUGAGCUACUGGCUCUCGCUUCUCCUUGUACUGACCAUGUGCUUUCCCUCCGUGGAUCAUACAUCAGAGGCAAAAUCUAUUCUUCUGCUUCCCACUCCAAAGAGAGUACCAACAUAUCACUAGAGCAGGCCUCUCAAAACUUCACCAGCCCAUACAAAUUCUGAGCUAGCUUCCAGACUUGGGCCUGGCAACUUUGUACCAUAGUCACACGUGCCAUCUCAGACAAUGGUCAAUCAGUCAUGAUUUCUGUUCUACAAUUGUGCUACUGUACGCCGCCCCUCAUUAGAUAGUUUGCUUUCUGGUGCAGCUCUUGAACAGAGCAAGUCUUUUCUUUCAUCUAUCGAGCUUCCAGAAAUACACUUCUCAUUUUCCUGAGCGUUUUCAAGAAGGCCUGUGGGUGUUAGAAGGAAAAAGCACAUAGGAUUGCCAAUUUGAUGUCAACUUGCUUAAAGAAAGCAUGCCUUGAACUCACAGGCCCAUCCCUAGGGCUCCAGACCUGGCAGAUGCUAUAGCAAAGAUUUACCAACUAGGAUUGUGUCAAGAGCUGAAGGUAUCCAAGGUUGCCAAAGUAUUUUAAGAGGCUCCAAAAAUUCCUAACAGCUUCUCAUAUCUUCUUGUUUCACUGUGUUGUGUCCAUCAUCCUUAGGGCAUCUCCAGUGUUGUUGCUCCUUUGCAAAUGCACGUGAUUACCCUUCAAGCCAAGAAAAUUCAUCUAUAAUUUUCUACAGACGAGUGCAAGAAACACGGAUCACUGGCUCUCAUUCUGAAGCUGUAUGCCUCCCUGACUCUGCCUCUCCUGUGGAGAGAGUUCAGUUUCCAUUGUAAGAGAUGCAGCCUGGAUGCUCAUUGGGAAGAGAAGGCCAAUUGUGCCUACACACGCAUGGUGGCAUGUGGAUUCUUCUGGUGGUUGAGCCAAGUGAGACCAUCACUUGGACUUGAGCCAAGCUCCCACAUCUGGAAAGCCACCCACUCUCCAAGGCUAAUCCCCACUUCUAAACUUAACUGAUGUUCAACCUCCAGCUUCAUAUGCACCAGUCCCAGCAACAUCCUCCCUGCAGUCAUUGUGAUGCUGCUUCCUUGCAACAGCGCUGUCUGCUUUGUCCCUGAGCAAGAUGGCAGCAAGGAGGAAAAUGGAUACGAUGACCAUCUCACAUAGGUUAAUAGUCUUUGGUGCUCUGUUCUCCAAAUGCAAAGAGAAGAGCUGGCUUGACAGGACCUUCACUUUUGUUACAUGAGCAGGGUCUUGCAGAACAUCUGCGUCUCGGGUUCAGCAUCUGUUUCCAGGCUUGGUUGACCAAGGUCAGCAGGGCCAUGAGUUCAGUUCUUACUUGGGGUAUGUCAGUAAAUGUUGAUGGGCUUUUAUUUUUCCAUGUGGCUAAUGUAGCAGCCAUCGUGUCGCACUCGGUUUUAUAUCGAUAGCAUUGCAGCCGAUAUUUUCAUAUGUUUAACUGAGGUAAAUUUUUGCAGCAGUGCAUGCAUUUGUCCGCUUUGUGGAAGUAGCUGACCCAGUAGGUAAUUAAGCACCACGGUUUGCAGGUGAUUUAUUUUCAGGGAGCCAUUAAUUAUGAUCCAUGAGUGACCCAGCCCUCUUGGUGUACACUAUUGACUUAAUCAUGUGGUGCAUUGUUUCAGUGAAAUUCCUGUCAGAACAAUGAUGUUGUUAUGCACACCUUUCCAUUAUUAAUGUAUCCGUUUCAAUGUGUAACAGGUUGUAGCCCCCGACUUUGAAUUUCAGAUCUGAAGCUAGUUCUGGUUGGCAGCAACCCUCACUUUCAAACCUGGAUGCGAAGUAAGAGGCCUUAUGCCAUCCAUUGGUGCUUUUAAAAAGUGCCGCAAUGAUUCAGAGGUGCUGAGCACCUUCCACUCCCCUGGACUGCACUGAGAUUUGUGGGUGCUCAGAACCCCUGAAAGCAGGACACUUUUUAGAUGCUUAGACGCAGAAUUAAGAGCCUGACUUUCAGCACCCGGGUCUGACAAUUGAGGUGGCGAUGCACCUCCAAAUCAGCGACCAUGUUUGGCAGAUGGCAGGCUUGGAUCCCAGGAAACCCAAACUUCGGGACAGGAAGUAGAAAUGGAAGCAUCUGGCAAGCCCAUUAUGUCAUAUGCUGAGCACGGCAGUUGGGGGAAGGUUUGUACCUAUCUAUGUGUCCAUUGAGGGAGCAUGUGUAAUGCCAGAAGAAUUUUAGCCUCUCGCUCGUUUAACUGAGUAACUUAGGUUAGAGUUAUCGUAAAGUAUAGUCUAGAUAAAAUGUUUUGUAUUUUCUUCUCCCCUUCCCCUCAGCCCUACCCUCAGAUCUUAUUCCUCCAUUUCCACUGAUUCUACCCUGGAGAUUGGCAUGGGUACGGCAGAAUCUCUUCUUGAAUUCUUAUUUCCCUAAUAUAUUUGCCCCUAUCGGUUGUGCUACGCAGCCAAAUCUGUUUGCUCGGGUUUGACCAGCAACUAGCCUGUACUGAAAUAAUAGAUGACAAUUCCUCACCUCACCCCACCCCACUCCCACUCCCACUAGGAAGCACAGGGUAACAGCAUACAGGUAAGCCUCAUUGACCACCCAGACUAAAGGAGCAGAGCAGCUUUACUUCUCUGGUUCCUGAGAACUGAUUCUUCAAUCUCGUACCCUGUUUGCAUAUAAGCUAAUGCUAGAAAAGCUGCUGAGCUUAGACAAUCUGUUCCAUGCUAGGAGAUUGCGAGCGGUGGUUUUAUUUUUCUACGUGUCAUUUGGAAAGCCGCCAGUUAACAUAUUUCUGCGCUUGGUGACCAACGAGUUUCCUUGACAGAUCGGCUAGGAACUAGUCUAUAAAUAUUUUAAGUGGCAAAAUACAAAUGGUUUGUAUUUACGGAGAUACGGAGCCUAUAGAUAUUGCACUUGCUAAAUAGGAUUUUAAACGCAUGCGUCUUAACUAGUGUUGAUUACAGUGAAUGAUUUUCUUUUGAUAAAAGAGUUGCUUCUUGGGGAAGAAAAUUCCUUUAUUGUAUAAGGAACUCUGUUGUAUUUUGAAAACAUAAAAAUAAAAAGAGAA